GCCUUUGUUUGUCCUCCUCUUGCUUGACAGUUUCAACCUCUGCCAUGGCUCCCUUACCCAAGAAUCCCAUUCUCCAUUUCACUCACCCUGCGCAUCCAUUAACAGCAUUUGACAGUCAGCAAGAUUACUUGUGCAAUGGAUGCAAAACUCUAGGAAACGGAAAGCGAUAUCGAUGCCAACGGUGUGAUUUCGACUUGCACGACUACUGCGGGACGUGCCCUCGGGUCCUCUCCUCGUUCAUGCACAAAAAUCACUCCCUUAGCCUGGUGACACGAAAGCCACAAGGCACACGCCAGGUCCAUCGAAUUUGCGACGUCUGCAGAGAUCCCGUGGAGGGCCUGUUUUACAGGUGCAAGGACUGUCAGUUUGACGUGCAUCCACUGUGCACACAAUUGCCUGAGAAACUCCAACACGCCCUGCACAAGAUCCACCUCUUGAUUCUCCAGUCGUCGACGGUGCCUGGUUUCUGUGCCGUUUGCAGAGGAUCUUGCAGUAGUUGGCGGUACAGGUGUGGACUUUGUAACUUCGACAUACAUUUGGAGUGUGUCUUAGUGCCUGUUGUACCAUGUACGCAGAAUGGGCGAGGUUCCAAGGAGAGGGGAGUUCCCAUAUUUGAUCAAGGGAUUCCUUUCCAGCCCCCGCCACAGUUUGCUGGACCUUACAGUUAUGGGUGGCCUGGUGGCCCUGGUAACGGUUAUCCUUUCGGACCAAAUAUGCAGCAGAAUCAUCAGUACACGUAUCCAAACAAUUUUAUGCCGCAGAACCAGGUAGGUAGUAGUAAUAAUGGUACAGGGCGCCUUCGCAAGUCGAUGUUUGCUUUAGUAGCGCAGAUUGGGUUUGGAGUGGUUUCAAAUAUGAUCUUUGGAGUGGAUUUACCUUCUCUGUUCUCAGGUUGAGGUCAAUGUUUCAAAUUUGGUGUGUUUUAAGUUGUUGUUGGGAAUGUGAGGGAAGUUCAGGUUUUGUCUCUACAUAUUUUGGUACAUGCCAGAAAGAAAAUAUUGUAUGAGAUGUUCUUCUUUGUUGUUUCUGUUCACUGAUUAUGAAUGGUUGUGUCCGUGUUUUGGGAAUAAUAUUCUAUGUAUAUUAAGCUUUAA